CAUCGUCAGUUGACGCGUGAUGGUGUAUUUUCCGUUAUACUUCUACCAAGUCAUAGCGUAUUUUCUCUCUAGUCACAGACCAAUUGUGUAUCAACAGGAACAAUAUCUUGGAGGCUGCGUUGACCACCAGCACACAGGACGCGGCAGGACGGCGACGCGUGGACCAUCAUGCAGUACAAUGGCAUUGCGGAGGCAGUAUGGCGGCAAGCGUUCGGACUCUGUGAACAGUUCCUCGGCGGGAACUGGCGCACCCUCGACCAUUCCACAUUUGCGAUCAAGCAAGUGCAACUUGAAAAAGAGCUCCCGUGAAAAAAGCAAUUUUUUCCCUGCUGCUGGAGUCUCCACCAUGGUGCAGCAGACGCGUAGUGUGAAGCUGAGAGCGGAGGAGCGAGAGCUGGCGCUCAGCAUCUGUAAACAGUUCAUGCACGGCCGCUGGUCGACGGCGUGCCGCGACCACGUCGACAUCUCACGGUUUAG